CAAUUUCAAAGAGACAGACAACCAGAGUAUAGAGAGAAGAAGAAGAUAGAGAAAGAAGUGAAGGCAAACAAAAGUUAUAAAAUGGAGAAGAAGAUUAGUGUGUUUGUUAUGUGUAUGAUAUUUUUAUCGGUGGGCUCGUCUUUGAUGUUUGGGGGAGUUAAUUGCAGAGCCCUACAAUCAAAGCCAUUGAGAGAUAUCAACGGCCAAGAUCAAUCGGUGGUGGCCAUGAACGUGAAGAGCAGCUCGAGCAGUCCACGUCCUUUGAUGAGGAGCUAUGGUUUCCGGUUAUCGUCUGGACCGAGCAGAAGAGGACGAGGUCACUGAUCAAAUUUUACCAUUUACUCUUUUUAUGCUAAUGUUUACUAUAUUUCUGUUUCUUUUGGUUAGGUCAUUUUAAUCGUGUUUCGUUAGUUUUGUUGGAAGUUUCGACCAAAAAAAAAAAAGUUUCGAUCAAGAUGUUACAGUUUCGAUCAAGAUGUUACACGUAACAGGAAGUUAAUAGCUUGAUCCAUCGAUUCCAUAUAAAUGUAUGGUUUUUUUUUUCUUUUAAAAUGGAAAGUAACAGUAAAGUAAAUUAUUAUUCGAUUGAAAAAGUUAUUGAAAUUCCCUAACUGUGGAUGAAAAGCAAUUCCAGUAAAUUGAGUAAAGUUCGAAAGUUAUAAAUAAAAGGUGGAGAACAUAUGAGUCAAAGAUCAUAGCAAAUAGUAGCCAGUAAGAAAAAUGAGAAUAGUAGCCAUAUUCAAAGUUGUCGCGUGAUCAGACAUAUGUUAAAAUGUUGCAGUAAGCCAAUGAUGAUUUGCUAAACAUCGCACGUUAUGCGUUCAUGUGUCUUAUAAAAGAAGAAUACAAAUGAUACAAGAUUUUCUUCAAUAACGAAUAUAAAAACUCGCCUUCUUCAUAUUCCUUAAUGUUUUUACGGGUUGAGUAUUGUAUAAAAAGCAAACUAUAAAAGCACAGCCGAUUCCAGUUAGUCGUGUUUGGUAAUGUCAAAUUGUCAACCAUCGGUUUAUUCCUUGACUUUUAUUAUUAUGUGAUUUUUGGUUUAUGCUUUUGUAGUUCUGUGGGACUUUUAUAGAAGUUAUAAAUAAACUUUUUUCAAACUUUUAUUCACUUUCUUUAUCUUUACACACCAACCACAUUGUUAUAUUACUAGAGUGUCAUAGAAAAAUUUGAAAUUACUAGAAUGUUUUUCUUUAAGAAAAACUACUUAUAAUUACUCAAAUUAUAGUUGAAAUGACUAGAUUAAUUCAAAAACUUUUGUUAUUACUAAACUAACUCACAUGACCAGUGAAAGUACUAAAAACCCAUCCUUCUUUUUCAUGUUCACUUUUUUUUUGAAACACCUUUUCAUAUUCACAAUCUUUUAAAAUAACUAAUUAGAUAAUUAUUUUAUAUUUCUCCUAAAAAGAAUUCUCAAUCUCUCGUUAUCGUCUUCGACGAAAGAAACGUCGAUGUAACGGGGUUUCAGAAGUAAUGAUA